AUGGCAGAAUGGUGUGCAGCGAAUCUUCGCAAUUGUGAGGGUUGGAGAUCUGCAGGUCUUGAAUUGUCUACAACGAGCGAUGAAAAUGCUCGCUGGCUUGAUGCUUGCAUUCGUCAACUUGUCUCAUGGUCCGAUUGCACUUCACUGGGGGGAUUCAACAAGUCUUUAGAGAAACUAGUCGAGUCUGACCCAAAUGCUAUCAUGGCUAGAAGUUUCAUUGUCGGUCUCAAAGGCUUGGGAACUGAAGCUGGUGCGCGGGACAAACAGUUUGUUGAGGAAAUGAACAAAUUAGAGAUUGAUGGAGAAAAAAACGGAAACGAAAGGGAAAAACUGCAUGCAAAAGCUGCUAUUCUGUGGGGCAGAGGGAAGCACCACGAAGCUGCAAAAGUUUGGGAUUCAAUUCUCGACAAAUUCCCAACUGAUUUGAUAGCGGUUAAAUUCGCACACGAUGCUCAUUUUUUCAAUGGAAGCGCCAUCGGAAAAUUGGAAUCGAUCGAAAAAAAAAACGACUAUCGAAUUGUAUUUUGGGCUCUGGAAUUGAAUCGAUUCGACUGUUGGGCGACACAUGCAAAAGCUCACGUUCUUGAGAUGAAUGGAAGACACAAAGAAGGAAAAUCUUUUAUGUAUGCUACGGAAGAUGAUUGGAAACACGGCUGGAUCUUGGCAAGUCACAAUUAUUGGCACACUGCUUUGUUCCACAUUGAGUUUGGAGAAUAUGAGGACGCAAUUUCGAUUUUUGACAAAGAAAUUUCGAAUCGCUUCAAUCGCACACGUUCAUUGCUUGACAUGGUCGAUGCGAGUUCAUUGUUGUGGCGAUUGGAACUUGAAGGAGCCAACGUCGGAAAGGACAGAUGGAGGAUGCUGAAAAAUCUCGGAAACUUCAUCGACAAUCAUUCAAUCGUCUUCAACGACGUUCAUUUGGGUUUGGCCCUAAACCGACAAGAAGACUUGGAAACUGCAGAGAAGCUUCGAGAUUCUUUAGACGAAUAUUCGAAACUGCUCAGUGAAGACAAUGCCCAAAUUAGUAGAACGAUAGGAAUGCCCCUGUAUGAUGGAAUGAUCGACUUUGCGAAUGGAAAAUACGAUGAAGCCGUUCUGAAAAUGUAUCCAAUUAAAGACGAAGUCGUGAAAAUUGGAGGAAGUCAUGCUCAGAGGGACAUGUUUGUGCAGACAUUGAUAAGGUCUUGUAUGCUGUCUAAAAAUGAGGAGAACUGGAUGAAAACCCAGGAGCUUCUACGGCAACGUAGCGAGUUCAAACCGAACUCUGUUCUCGGAGAACGUUUAGCCGAAAAGUUUCGAAUCCUUCAUCCAAUUUCUGUAUUCUGA